GAGAGGCGCCUUAGAUAUCCGGACGCCGUGAGGAGGUUGGGUUGCCAGGCGAUCUGCGGAUGCGUGAGGCGCGGCAAGGCGCGGCUCGGCCGGGGUGGGAAGAGGAGCGGCCUGCCCCCUCCCCAUUCCACCCCCAGCCUCCACGCCGCGGCCCCUUUAAGAGCGGGCGGGGCGCCCUCUGGCGGCGGAGCGGCGCGCGCUGCCGGAGCCAGAGCCCCAGCCGGAUCCCGGAGCCGGAGCGGAGCGGAGUCGGGGCGGAGCGGGCCGAGCGGGCCGAGCCAGCAGCCGAACUGGGGGCGCGGGCGGGCGGCAUGUACCGGGCCCGGGCGGCGCGGGCGGGGCCGGAGCCCGGCAGCCCGGGGCGCUUUGGGAUCCUCAGCACCGGGCAGCUCCGGGACCUGCUUCAGGAUGAGCCCAAGCUGGACCGGAUCGUGCGGCUCAGCAGGAAGUUCCAGGGCCUGCAGCUGGAGCGCGAGGCAUGCCUGGCCUCCAACUACGCUCUUGCCAAGGAGAACCUGGCACUGCGGCCCCGCCUGGAGAUGGGCCGCGCUGCCCUGGCCAUCAAGUACCAGGAGCUUCGGGAGGUGGCCGAGAGCUGUGCAGACAAGCUGCAGCGACUGGAGGAGAGCAUGCACCGCUGGAGCCCCCACUGCGCGCUGGGCUGGCUGCAGGCUGAGCUGGAGGAAGCUGAGCAGGAGGCUGAGGAGCACAUGGAGCAGCUGCUGCUGGGGGAGCAGAGCCUGGAGGCUUUCCUGCCCGCUUUCCAACGAGGCCGUGCCCUGGCCCACCUGAGGCGGACCCAGGCGGAGAAGCUGCAGGAGCUGCUGCGGCGCCGGGAGCGGUCUGGCCAGCCAGCCCCCACUGCUGCUGCGGAUCCCCCCAAAUCCUUCCCCGCUGCUGCUGUCCUGCCCACUGGGGCCGCCCGGGGGCCACCAGCAGUGCCCCGGAGCCUGCCCCCCUUGGACUCCCGCCCAGUGCCCCCGCUGAAGGGCUCCCCCGGGUGCCCUCUAGGCCCAGCCCCUCUGCUGAGCCCUCGGCCCUCGCAGCCAGAGCCCCCCCACCGGUAG